UGGCGACGCCUGCGCUUCAGGGGCUUCCCGCCAGUAGCCAACAUGGCGGACGGAAGGUGCCUGCGGACGAGGUCACGGUGCUGCACCGCCCUCAGUCAAGAUGGCCGCGGUUACCAUGCGGUUGCCAGUGCCCCGCAAGCCGGCGGUGGUGACCGCGCCUCAGGGCCCCGAGAAGCACUUGGUGGCUCCGGGGGACACGAUAACCACGGAUACAGGCUAUAUGAGGGGCCACGGCACCUAUGUGGAGGAUGACAAGCUCAUCGCCUCGGUGGCCGGAGUGGUGGAGAGGGUGAACAAGCUGAUCUGUGUCCGAGCGCUGAACACCCGGUACAACGGUGAGGUCGGCGAUGUCGUGGUCGGGAGGAUUACGGAGGUUCAGCAGAAGCGAUGGAAAGUGGAGACGUAUUCCAGGCUAGAUUCAGUCCUGCUGCUGUCAUCUAUCAACUUACCUGGUGGGGAACUGAGGAGGAGAUCAAUAGAAGAUGAGCUUGCAAUGAGGGACUGUCUGCAGGAAGGGGACCUCAUCAGUGCAGAGGUGCAGUCUGUAUUUACUGAUGGGGCAUUAUCGCUGCACACCCGGAGUCUGAAAUACGGGAAGCUUUCCCAGGGUGUGCUCAUUCAGGUCUCGCCAUCUCUUGUGAAACGCCAGAAGACUCACUUCCAUGACCUGCCCUGUGGUGCAUCUGUGAUUCUUGGCAACAAUGGUUACAUCUGGAUCUACCCAACUUCAGAGCAGAGAGAUGAAGAGACAGGGGGCUUCGUCACCAACUUGGAGCCUGUUUCUUUGUCUGACCGGGAGGUGAUCUCACGGGUCCGAAACUGCAUUGUAGCUCUGGUUACUCAUAAGCUGAUGCUCUUUGACACCAGCGUCUUAUAUUGCUAUGAAGCAUCUCUUCCUCAUCAGAUCAAAGACAUUCUCAAACCGGAGGUGAUGGAGCAGAUCGUUCUGGAAACCCAACAUAGGUUGCUGGAUCUGGAAGGAUAGAGCUCAUGCCCAGAAGCAGUCAUUGGAAGUCCUGACAUGGCAGCUUUUGAUUCCCAGUAUUUUAUUAUUUUUUUCUGUGUUCUAGACCCCAGCAUUCAUUCCAUGCUUCAGAAACCACCAGAAUUCCUCAUUUUAACUCCCAGGAUACCUCCUGAGCCCUUUUAAUACAAUAGUACUAAGCAGUACUUAAGUACAGUAGCCUUCUAGUGCAGCAUCCUGAAAAACUGGUAUCUGACUUUUGUGAAGAUGCAGGUACAAAUGGGACGUAUCCCAUAGCACUUGUAGCUGUGUCUAGUGCCCCUGAACCUCGUGCAGAAUGAUGGAGAGGAAGGCAUGUGUUUUCUGAUGCUUCUCUUUCCCCAAAAGGGUUCUGAAUGGUUUUGAUUUUCCUUUUCUGUGAUACAGAAUUGACAGUGUGGCCUUUGAUUGACAGCUCUUGUUCUUCUCUUUUGUACCUCUGAUACACAGUCUUAGUCUUUAGGAACAGGAGUAUCCACACCUUUGCUAACCACAUUUUGGUUCUGUCUGUUCGUGGCUCAAGGGUAUGAAGUUGGAGGUGCCACGAUGUCCACAUGAACGAGUAGCCAUGGGCAAGCAGUGUCUUCUCUGCCUAUGUGUGUUCUGCUGGUCCCUUUAUUACGCCUACUGUAGUGAACUCCUCCUAUGAGGAGGCUCCAGUAUUGUUUUCUGUUAAAUAUUUUACAUUUCAAUAAAUUUUUGAAACA